AUGGUCUUUGUUCGAUGGAUCCUGUUGGGAUUCUUCUUGGCCUGUGGCGUUGUCUCUGAAGCUUCAACACCAUCCCCAUCUUCGGAUGGACUCUUGCUAAGAGUGCGAAUGAUGGAUGGGUCCAUGCAACGGAUACAAGUGCCACCGGGUGCCGAAGGAACCAUGUCGCUCAAAGAGGCUUUGUCGGGAUUAUUGUUGGAAUCUAGCGACAAACCGUUGAUCAAAAUUGGAACUUCCUCAUCAGAGCCAGUCCAAGACGAUACACAAACCAUUGCUGCUUUAAAUCUCAAGCGGGGAUCGCUCAUCAAUUUGGUAUCCUCGGCUCCACCCAAAACAGCCGUCAAGAAAACCAGCGCUAGCAAACCAAAGACUGCAGCUUCGGAUCGGUGGAAUCCCUUUCCAGAUCUGGCCAAAGACUACGAAGCAGCCUUACGAAAAGCCAAGGUAUACAGAUCCACCAAAACGGGCAUGUCCUACUCAGACAUUGCCAAGUUGCAAGCGGCGUUGCACAAUGUGGAUCCACAGGAAGUCGGACCCAUUACACGAAUUUACAUGUGUGCCAAAUCAGCCGAACGUUUUCACAACAAUGGCAAGAAAAAGAGUGGAGAAGUCGAAUGUCGAAUCGGACUCGUAUUUGGGACCAUUCAACGAGAACGAGUCGACUUGAAACCGAAGGCUCGAACAUCCCUCUCCAGUCAAACCGAAAGCAGCCAGUACUGUUCCGCGGCGCGAGUACAUGCACUCUGGGAACCAUCCGCACAAAAACCAACCGCAAAGCUCUACGAUACCACAUCCAUUCCGUCGUCCUUCUCAGAUGCAACUAAUACAAUGAGUGAUUUGCCACGAGUUCUGAGGGUGGCCAAAUGGUUGGGAUUGAAACCCAUUGGUUGGAUCUUUGCCUACAACGACAAUCGACACAAGGACCAGGAUGCUCUGCCAGUCUAUGCACAAGAUGCCAAGACGGGGGCACUCCUGCAAAUUGCUAAUAUGAAACAUUUGGGAAGAGAAGAGGGAUGCAAGUUCGUCACACUCUCCAUGCAGGCCAGUACGGGGGCAACAGAAGCAUUCCAGCUCAGUGAUGUGUGUGUCCAGAUGGUGGCGGAAGACCUUUGGGAUCUUUCAGCUGACGACACGAAGAAACAGGCAAGUCGGUUUGUAAAGACAAAACAUGAUGUCAUUGUUGAUGCACGAGAAACCAAAGAGCUUGAUUCUGUCCUGUGUUUGGUCAAUACUGCCAUGCUGAGCCAGAAUGGACUUUUUUCUGGACCAGCCGUCAAUACCGUCAAGAAAAGCGGCGGGGUCACAAACAAGGUUAAAAAGACCAUCUUGGCAUCGCUCGAUGAAAGUGACAGCAACAAGCUACUAGAAACACUCUGCGAUCUCAAUCUAUUGGUCACUCUCGACAAGAAUCUGGCUCCAGCGGAAAUGGAACAGUUGUGUACAUUGGUGCGGAAAUGGGCCCGUGGACAGAAACGAGGAACGCAAAUCGAGGAUAGGCUCAAGAAUCUUCUGCGGAGUCUGUUGAAUCAGUAA